UUUGAAAGGAAUUUAAUAAAGUUACGCGUGACUAACAUGUCUUCGCUAUAUUCGCUCUUCAUUUAAUUUAUAUCCGACAAACUAUUCCACCGAUUUUACUGACAAUGAGUGGGGACAACAGUCUAUAGAUUCUUAUUAUGAAAUACGAACAUACAUAUGCAUGGAAACAUUCUGCUGGUUAACUCAAUUGUUACCGGCUUUUAAUUAGUGUGUUUUAAGGAUCAAAAAAAAUUUUUAUUCAUAAAUAAUAAUUAAUAAAUACAAAAUGGAAGAAACAAAAGUUCUGGGAUUAGCAGAUUACAGCGUGAUUGCUGUGACUUUAGCUAUAAGUAUCGCAAUUGGUUUGUAUUACAGAUUAACUGGAGGCAAACAGAAAACAGUCGAGGAAUAUUUUUCAGCAAAUAAAUCUAUGGGCCCAAUAUCUAUCAGUAUUUGCUUGAUGGUAUCAUUUAUGUCAGCAAUAACAUUACUAGGCGUCUCAGCUGAAAAUUAUACUUACGGCGCGAUAUUUGUCGUAAUUAAUUUUUCCUAUUUAAUUGGAACACCAAUAGUCUGCUACGGAUACUUACCAGUUUUUUAUAAAUUACAAGCUACAAGUACUUAUGAGUAUUUAGAAAAAAGAUUCGGCGUAUCAGCAAGAAUAUUAGCAAGCUCCAUAGUAUGGUUGCAAAUGUUGCUGUACUCUGGAAUAGUGCUUUACGCUCCAGCAUUAGCAUUUAAAACCACAACUGGAAUGGAAAAACUCACUAGUAUUCUAUCAGUUGGUUUGGCCUGCGCUUUUUAUUCAAGCAUCGGAGGGAUAAAAGCUGUUUUGAUUACUGACAUCUUCCAGGCUUUUUUAAUGUUCGCUUCGUUGAUAAUUAUCAUAGCCACUGCAGCUUCUUCAGUUGGUGGGCUUGAUAAAAUUUGGGAAAUUGCGAGAGAGGGUGGCCGAUUGAACUUUAACAACUUUUCAUUGGAUCCAACUGAGCGACAUACUUGCUGGGGUCUUAUAAUUGGUGGAAUGUGUACUUUUUUGUCACUCUAUGGAAUCAAUCAAAUUCAAGUACAACGAAUGCUGACUGUUAAGAGUUUAAAAUCAGCUCAAAAGGCACUAUGGUUAAGUUGGCCAAUCUUAACAUUACUUUCAGUAAUGACAUGUUUCAGUGGCCUAGCAAUUUAUAGUAAAUACUUCAAUUGCGACCCAGUAACAAUUACAACAAUAAAAAAAAACGAUAUGUUGAUGCCACUGUACAUCAUGGACAUGACAUCAUCGCUUCCCGGUUUACCUGGAUUAUUUGUCGCAGGUAUUUUUAGCGCUGGAUUAAGCACUAUAUCUGCGGCCUUGAACGCUCUUGCGGCAAUUAGCUUAGAAGAUUACAUAAAGCCGCUGUAUUUUAUUUGCACUGGGAAGGAAUUUUCUCCAAAAAAAUCACUGAUAUGUAGCAAAGUUUUAGCUUUCAUCUUGGGAAUUUUCUGCAUACUUUUGGCGAUUCUCGCUCAAUAUUUGAACAGUAUUCUUCAGAUGAGCUUGACGAUUUUUGGAGUAGUUGGAGGUCCUUUAGUAGGUUUGUUCACCCUUGGGAUGUUAUUCGAGUCAUCAACUCAGCGCGGCGCUAUUUUUGGAACAACAUUAUCGUUGAUAUUUUUGAUAUGGAUUUCAUUCGGAGGCCCAAGACCAUUCCCCCAGGCUUUGCCGAUGUCUAUUGAAGGCUGUGAUAGUGAUUUACUCGCAAAAUUCAAUGGAACGUUGAAUUUUCAAAAUAAUUUUAAUCCAAAAAAAGAAUUCUUUUAUCUCUACCGCAUUUCUUACUUAUGGUACGCGCCAAUAGGUGUCGUUAUGACCAUCGUAGUCGGUUGGAUCACCAGCAAUGUGUUGCAAUCUUUGGGACUGGACCAGGUCAAGAAAAAUCUUGAUCCUGAUUUAUUUUUUCCAUGCAUUGCACGGCGCAUUCGCAGUAGACAGAGAAAUAAUUGCGGAGAAGAGUCACGUGAAGUUAAUUUAAAAAAGUACCAAGUAAGAGAUGAUGUGGCUGAUGCCAAAACUCAAGAAUCAUUAUGUACUUAAUGUUAUUUUAAUUUUUAGGGUGCUCAAAUUUUUUAUUUUUGGAAAUAAGCAUUAGUUUCUAAUUUAAAAAAGUCGCGUUAAUUUUAAGUUCUGAAAUAAGAAGUAUAAGUACAGAGAAAAUAUGACAAUACUGAUUAUUAAUGACAAUAAUUAGUAAAUUUUACAUAAUUUAGAAAUAAUAUAAAACUGAAGUUGAUAUCUAACAAUUUUUUGGAUUUUUAUGACAAAUUAUUAU